GUCCAUGGCCGGUCCUGCGAGGAAUAGCCUUCAUUGAGCGUCGAUCGGAGAAUUUCGUUUGUGUGUGCUGAAUGUAAUAUUAUGGCGUACGUAAUGAUUUGCACUGGAAUAUGUGCAUACGGUAAUAACUCGCGACAAACGUUACCAUAAUCUCACAGGCAUGAACGGUUAACGCGUGGCGUGCAGCAUCACAGGUACAUCAUCGUGACAUCGUGUACAUAUUGUGCUCUCAUUCUUCUCCUCUCUUCAUCUCUUUCUUCUACCUUCUGCUUCGUGAGUUCACCGAGAAGAAAUGCCAUCGUAAUGAUGACACUAUGGACAAAGUUUUUCGAACCUAGUUGCGGAAUAUCAUAUUGUUUCUUAUUGGCUGGCUGGCUGGCUGAUACAACACAAUAGGAAACAACGCGAUUUGCUUCCGGCCCACCAACGACGCGGUGACAGCUGCGGAUCUUUAAUGGGUCAAAAAGAAACGAUCGACAAAUUUUGGUAGCAAUGUGAUGAAUAUCUUCCUAAAACCUUAUACAGAAGUGUAUCUGUCACAGAUGAACAGAACUUUUACUACUGCAAUUAUUAAAUGAAAAUGAACAGGACAGAAAGCACAGAUACUGGAAAAGGUUGGCAUGAGUGUGCUAGCUGGUUGACAAGAUGUGGAGCAUUACGAGCAGAUCACAAAGCCAAUUGGCCACAAGCAACUGCAUUUGAUCUGGCCUAUACAUUACGAGAUGGUGUGUUGCUUUGUAAUCUACUAAAUACUGUGGAUCCAGGCUGUAUAGAUAUGAAGGAUGUAAACCAAAAACCACAAAUGGCACAGUUUUUGUGUUUGCGCAAUAUAAAGAUGUUCUUAUCAGCAUGUUCAAGCAUUUUUGGCCUUCUGGACUCUGACCUCUUCGAGCCAUCUAUGCUGUUUGAUCUGUCUAAUUUUCAUCGUGUCCUUUGUACACUCUCUGUCUUAUCUAACUGUCCACGACUUAGGCGAAAGGGUAUAUCUGGAUUUUCAGUUGGUCAUGGGCGAUCACAAGAAGAUAUAUAUAAAGAUUUACAAAGCGCUGGUGCAGGCCGUGAAGAUGAGGGUCGCCGCAGGAGAUUUAGGAGACGAGAAGGUGAUGAAGCGGAUGGAGGGGGGGAUAACGAAGAUCCUAUUGCUGAGGAAGAUGGGUAUGGAGCAUUUUGCAGUCACGCGCAAAGCGAGGAGAUCUACCAGGACCUUUGUAGUCUACAUUUGCCACCUCCUCCAUCCAUUGCGCAGGGCGGUGCCGUUACUGGAGGUGAGAAACGGGAUUACGUAAUUCAGGAACUCGUGGAGACCGAACGGAAUUACUCGGAGGUACUAAGCAGUUUGCUCAGGCAUUUUGCUAGGCCACUAUCAUCAUUGCUGCGACCCGAGGACUCUGUUCGCAUUUUCUUCGGCAUUAAAGAACUCUCUGAGAUCCAUGUCGGCUUCCACAGUCAGCUACGUAAGGCACGUAGCGGUGCCGCAUUGGCCCAGGUGUUUCUGGACUGGCGGGAGAAGUUCCUUAUCUAUGGCGAUUAUUGUGCCAAUCUCACUCUCGCACAAAACACACUGCAGGAGGCUUGCACUCGCAACGAAGUAGUCAAUCAGGAAGUUAUCAGGUGCCAACAAGAAGCUAACAAUGGUAAAUUUAAGCUACGUGAUAUAUUGUCCGUUCCAAUGCAGAGAGUACUCAAAUAUCAUUUACUACUGGACAAGCUUGUUGAAGAGACACCUCGCGAAUGGGUCGAGGAUUAUCGACAGUUGACGAAAGCGAGGGAAGUGAUGGUUGACGUCGCUCAAUACAUAAAUGAAGUGAAGCGUGAUUCCGACACAUUAGACAUCAUAAAAGAUAUUCAGGCAUCGAUAAUUGACUGGGAUGUACCAGAGGAUGCGCAGCUUAAAGAUUUUGGUCGAUUGCUUCGAGAUGGCGAGCUCAAGGUGAAAGCUCACGGCGAUCAACGAAUCAAAGCCCGCUACGCGUUUAUUUUCGAGCAAGUUGUAUUGAUUUGCAAAGCUGGUAGAGGAGAUCAGUACUGUUAUCGGGAAACCUUGCGGUUAGAUGAUUACAGACUGGAAGAUCACAUAGGACGACGGACACUGGGCAGAGACUCACGCUGGUCUUAUCAGUGGCUACUUGUCCAUAAACAGGCAUAUACAGCGUAUACUCUAUACGCAAGAACAGAAGAGCAGAAGCAAAUGUGGAUAAAAGCGUUGCAAGAUGCUAUGGACAAUGUUAACCCUGCCGCUUGUCGCAACACUAAUCACAAAUUCAAGCUGACAACAUUCGAUAUUCCUAGAAGUUGUCAACGCUGCGGAAGAUUUCUCAAGGGCCGCAUAUUUCAGGGUUACAAAUGCGAUACGUGUCAUCUAGCCGUGCAUAAGCAAUGCAUCGCGCACUCAGGUCGCUGUAUGCCGUCACCGCCCUCACCGACACCUCCCCCACCGUUACCUUGCGAACGUGCGUUAUCCGUGAAGUUAUGGUUCGUUGGAGAGAUGGGUAGAGAUGCAGCUUCCAAUAAAUUAGAAUCCCGGGAGGACGGGACAUAUAUGCUGCGUGUACGUCCAGUGGGGCAACCUCGUCUUCAGCACGAAACAAGUUACGCUCUUAGUAUUAAAGCGGAGGGAGCGGUAAAACAUAUCCGCGUAUUUAAGCGCGAUGUGGACGGCGCAGAUCUUUAUUAUCUCAGCGAAUCUCGUUUCUUCAAGAGCGUCGUCGAACUCGUUGAAUAUUACGAGCGGGCGUCAUUAUCGGAAAACUUCGAGAAGCUGGAUCAGCGUCUGCUGUGGCCGUACAGGCGAAUUUUGGCCAAAGCGCUUUUCGACUUCCAUGGCUGCGAACGUAAUCAGUUAAGUCUGCGACGCGGUUGCCGGGUUGUAGUACUGAGUAAGGAAGGCGAUGCCAAAGGAUGGUGGAAGGGUAAAAUAGGAGAUCAAGUUGGAUUUUUCCCGAAAGAGUAUGUCGAGGAGGAAUAGAACUAUAUUGUCAAAUUGUUAUGUUUCGUUACGUACGAUGUGUCGGGUUUCGAAAGUAAAAUUAUGAGCAUAAUAAGCAAAUCUCACUUUUCUUAUAACUAGUUCACAAGAACUAGUUCACUAAGUCACAAAAACUGACUAACUGAAUAUCAAGAGUAAUAUAAUCUAUAAAUUUUUGCUCAUCCGGUGACAGGUACUUUCAUGAAGAAAUGAACUAGAGAAACUAGAACAAAUGAAAGAGAAAAAGCAAUGAAUAUCGGUACAUAAAGAAGAAUUUAAAAAAUGUGCUGAUUUUUACCUUCAAAGCGGUCACUUCCAAAUCUAUAUUUUGGUACGUUUUAAGUCUUUAAAGUUACUAGCCUUUUAUUCUGAUCAUUUUAAUUGAUAACAUCAAAAGUAAGAAAAUACAUAUUCAAUAUUUUUGCGAAAUAUGUUGAAAUAAAAAGAUAUAUCCGUAAAAAUAACACCUGGGGUCCAUUGAGCACAUUUGUAAAAUAUUUUGAAACUCUCUUUUUCUUUCAAUAAUCAAGGAAAAACUGUCAAAUUAAUGUGAUAUAUAAGUUACUUUUUAACUACGCAAUUUUACCACAUUAAUUAUACAAAAUAUAUGUUUUGAAGGAGUCGUUUUAGAGAAAAAAUCAGCGCUUUUUUUUUAUAUCGUCUUUCAAUAUACGGUAUUUGCAAAUGGAAAUAUAUUUUUGAUUUCAUUUCUUCAUACUUUUUAAUCUUUGACUGUAAACAGUGCCUACAGGCGCUUAAUGAAAAUGCUCACCAUGUAUAAAUUGCGCUUAUAAGCGUUUGAUGAAAACGCUUACCAUGUAUGAAUGGUGCCUAUAGACUCUCAACAAUAAUCGCUCACUAGUAAUAUUUCAAUGAGUUAAAUUAUUAAAUAUCCUGUUUAUAUAUUAUUGUUAUCAUACAGACAUAAAAUAUUGAAUAUAAAAGUGAUUUGAUUAGAAUGAGGCAAUCUAUAACUUAAUCUAAACUAUAACGUGCGAUAGUGCUCUACACAUUGGUAAUUACUACAGUGACUCGGUCGUACAUAGCUAGCACUUUGUUACUGAACGGACUCCGCAGUCAAAGUUAAUUAUCCAUUUAUGAUCUAAGUAAGCUUAUGAAAACUUAUUACUUCGAGAAACAUAUGAAAAUAACCAAAUCUAUUUAACCGUGUAUAUUUUUCUCUGCUCUGGAAAUUAUCCGAGAAUCGUCAAUACAAAACCGACAUUUCAUAUCUCGUACGUAACAACUUAAUAUUCAUCGACUUCAAUGGCCGUUCGAAACACGUGAUGCUGUGGUAAUCAUCAUAUGGUGCAAUUAUAUUAAUUCUAUUUACACAUACCUCAGUAGGAAGGGAUAAGAGAACGACUUUAAUUGCGGGGUAUUCUUGCAUUGUAUAAAAAUGAAAGGACGUAUGUAGUUACUAACACACGUGAUUUGAAUGUCGCAUGCGUAACUUUCGGGUUACUAUUCUUUUAUGUGUUUCAUGAAGUUCGAACGCAUCACAUAUGUAAUGUGGUAACUUACGUUAAUAUUCGGAUACAAUAAUAGUUGAGAAAUGAUUACUCCAUAUAAUUAUUUAUUGUUAAGUUAAAAGAAAAUAACGGUACGGAAUAAUUUUUUAUAAAAUAUCACAGUAUCCAAAUAUUAAUGCAAGUCACUGUACAUAUAUUGAUAUAGUUGUAUAGUUGUAUACUCAGCGUUACGCUUAGACAAAUAUACAUACUUUUAACUACAUAUAUAGAAUUGUAAGAGAUAAUUAUUAUUUUUUAUUACGACGCGACAUUCCUGAUAAUCGUCAAGCGAUGAUAUCAUAAAGACUAAAGUUGUUUAUGUUUGAAAGUUUAAAAAGAAUAAGAAUGUUUAAAAACGCACUUACAAAGAGCGAAUAUUUUAUAUAUAUAAGUUGGGUCUUUUUGAAGUCUUGUCACAAAAUUUACAAAUGUAUUUUACAUUUCAAAACUAACAACAAAUUUUAAACCCCAAAAUUAUCAUGUUUUAUAAUAUAGCCAUAAGCAUAGCCAAAAGGGUAGAGAGUUUUUGCCCACCCCUAAAUUUGACAAGGAAAAAUAAUUAAAUUAUUUCAAAUACAAGUAAAGAAUAUAAGAAAUCAUAAAAGUAAAGAAAUGUUACUAACACAUAAUCUUUAUUCUAUAUAAAGAAAGCUCUAGUAUAUAUUAUGAACUUAGAAACUAAUAACAAAGUAUUAGCGAUAUUUUAUGAGGAAGGCGACUGUUAUUUCGCUAGGAAUAUUAGAGAGCUUAGGGACACGCCGGGUUGCUCACGGCAUUUGCGUGAUAUAGUUACGAAGGAAAUGUGUACAUAAACAUAAAUAUUUCGGAAUUUUUAACAUGCUGAAGAUGUAUGUGGUACAUUGAUGCAAUAAUAAGGAAAGGCAUCAGUUUCCAUGAAACGAGAAGAUGUGGAAACGGUGGAUCGCAACUAUAUAAAAUAAGGAUUUCAUUUUGCAGAAACGGAAUUCAGAUUGCUUAUUGUAGAAAGCUCAUCAUGUCGACCCAUAUUUCGCAUAAUCCGCGCUCUCACAGGCCACGUAUCCGUUAGUUUUCAGUUAAAUGGUCUGUUCUUUAUAACUGAAUUGACUGCACUAAUUCAAGAAAAUUACGCAUAGUGAAACGUGAGAAUCUUGUACGUACGCUUUGUACACUUCAAUGCGUAUGUAAAUUUCUUGAAUUAAUGCAGCCAGUUCAACAAUAAAGCUGGUAGGCAUGCGCUAGCAGCAAUUUUAUCGCUUAUGAGCUGUCCCUUCUCACCCCCUCUCGCCCCCCUUACAAACGAUACAUCGCUGCAGCAGAAAAACAUUUCAAGAUUUAGCCAGUGAUGCAAUGCAUGUGUGCGUGCGUGCCAGAGAGAGAAAGAGAGAGAGAGGGCAUUCUCUCUUUCUUGCUCUAGCUUGGCUGAUGUGAUUGAAGCUGCUAGUGCUUUCUCAACAUGGAUCUAACAAAGAGACCAUACGAGGUAGGCAACGGAGAUGUGAAUAAAACUUUAACAGUUUGUAGGAGGAACCUUCCAAAGCUCAAACGUAAAAUAUUCGGUGUAGACGGUUCACCAUUCAGAUGUUAGUAAUGAAAAAAAUUUCAGUGUCCGAUAUUUACCAGCAUAGUAUGAUCGGAAUUCGAAGUGGUGUGUAGCAGUACGUUAGGGCGUCCGAGUGCUAAGGCGUAGAUCCAAACUUGACUCUUCGUGUUAGUGGUUUUUCUUCAUUUCUUUUUAAUAAAGUUAUUUAAUUAUUUUGUGAAUAUAUAUGUGAAUAUAUAUGUGAAUAUAUAUAUAUAUAUAUAUA